ACGAUCAAAUGUGCUACAUAUAGACCCCAUCCGAGUGUACUGACAGCGAAGAAUGUUAGCUUCCAUUUUCACAUCGUCAGCUUCCAGACUCUUCCACAAACCCUCAGCUUUGUCACUUGUACGGACGCUCUCUCCCUCCGCUUCUCGCCUUCAAGUUCGUUCAAUGGCGGACUCUGCUUUCAAGAAAAUUCAGAUUAAGAGGGACGACACUGCAUUUGAUGCAUACGUAGUCGGCAAAGAAGAUGCUCCUGGGAUUGUUGUGCUUCAAGAGUGGUGGGGCGUCGACUUCGAAAUCAAGAACCAUGCUGUGAAAAUUUCUCAACUUGGCCCUGGUUUUAAAGCACUUAUCCCAGAUUUGUAUCGUGGAAAGCUCGGUCUGGAUGUUGCAGAAGCACAACAUUUGAUGGAUGGUCUUGAUUGGCAAGGUGCUGUGAAAGAUAUCCGUGCUUCAGUUAACUGGCUUAAAGCAAAUGGCUCAAAGAAGGUAGGUGUAACGGGUUUUUGCAUGGGGGGUGCUCUAUCUAUUGCUAGUUCUGUUCUGGUUCCUGAGGUUGAUGCUGUUGUUGCAUUCUAUGGAGUUCCGUCAUCAGAACUUGCAGACCCUGCCCAAGCUAAGGCUCCCGUUCAGGCUCAUUUUGGGGAGCUUGAUAGUUUUGUUGGCUUUUCUGAUGUGACGGCUGCCAAGGCUUUGGAGGAAAAGCUGAAAGUGUCUGGAGUUCCCCAUGAGGUACACAUUUAUCCAGGCAAUGCACAUGCUUUCAUGAACAGGUCUGCAGAUGGUGUGAAGAGGAGGAAGGGCAUGGGAAUGCCUGAUGAGGAUGAAGCUGCAGUUGAGCUGGCUUGGUCUCGCUUCCAGUCAUGGAUGACUCGCUAUUUAUCUGCUUAAGCAGUUUCAUGUUCUGGUAUUCUGCUACUACCUUGAAGUGUGGCCCUCUACAUUAGCCUGAGAAAUUUGAUAUGCCCAAAUUUGCUUCUUGUUACUCUUCAUGGUGAUAAUGGAUAUAUAAUCGUGUGGAUUCUACUUGA